AUGAUUAUUGAAGCCAACUUUAAAAACAUCGAGCCAAGCACACCUUUCAUAGAUUCACAUUGCCAUAUAGACCUCAUGUCAAAAAGAAUCGAAAAUUUUACAAUUUUUCCUGACUUUCUGAAAACAAAUCAAGGAACAUUUGCCCAAAAUUAUGCGGUUUGUGUGGUGGUGUUCUCUUAUCCUAAGGAUUGGUCGAGUCCAAAUUUUGCUGAUGACGUAUUGGAGCCUCUGCUAAAAUUAGGCAACAUGUGGCCAAUAAUUGGCUGUCAUCCGAGAGACGCAUUUUCAUUUAACAAAUUCAAAAGUCAGAAAUUGCAAAACUUGCUAUCGGGCAAGAGAAUUAAAGCAGUAGGCAAGAUGGGCCUCGAUUACUCACUAUUAUGCUUUCGAAAUAGCAACUACAUCGGCCUUACACCGGCUGUCACUAAUUUUUUAAAAUACCCGACUUUGAAAAAUGUUAUGAAAGAAAUUCCGUUGAACAAACUCUUAAUAGAAACCGACGCUCCAUAUUAUACGCAAACAUGUUUAAACAUUAAUUGGAAUGCCAAUAGUAUAGAAACACUGAAAUUUACUAACCCAAGAAAUGAGUCACUCCUCGAUCCACAACCGUUACAAGACGUGCCGGGCUUAUGCAUCACUAAAAUCACAAACGUAAGAUUCUACAGAAAUGACAAAUAUUCCAAAGACAAUGCGUCCUUCUCUGUCAACUUGAACAACUUAUAUCAUUAUAAUGAUAUAGAUACGAGGAGCAAUGAUAAGCAGACAAACCACGUGCCAAACAACGAAAGAACUGAUUAUUGA